GUGUGUGUGUGUGUAUGUUCAUAAAACAAUCAACUUUCAUUUGUUCUAAUCUCAGCUCGACAUGAGAGUCCAUGGUGUUGACAUACCAAAACCAAUAACAGAGUUCACCCACUGCAAUUUCAAUGCAACAUUGACAUCUAAUGUGCAAGCUGUUGGAUACAACAUUCCAACUCCUAUUCAAAUGCAAGUUCUUCCCGCUGCGUUACGUCAUCGUGACAUCAUUGCUUGUGCUCAAACGGGCUCCGGGAAAACUGCUGCGUUUUUGUUGCCGAUUAUUGCGUCGCUGUGUGGUGGUGGUCGUGUAGGUUAUAAUCCAUGUUUACCGAAGGCGAUCGUAUUGGCACCAACUCGAGAGCUUUGCAUGCAGAUUGAGGAUCAGGCUAAGCAAUUAAUGAAAGGUAUUCCAAUGAUGAAGACAGCCCUUAUAGUUGGUGGCCUGCCAAUGCCUCCUCAAAUACACCGGCUGCAACAAGGAAUCCAGCUUGUCAUUGCGACACCCGGAAGACUCAUCGACAUCAUUGACAAAUACGUCUUUGAUUUCAGUGCUAUCAAGUGUUUUGUGCUUGACGAGGUGGAUACGAUGCUGCAGAUGGGGUUUGAAUCUCAGGUGAGACAGAUCACCAGUCUUCUACCGCAAACAAAGCAAACGUUAAUGUUUUCAGCGACAAUACCAGAAGCCACCGAGAAACUAGCCGAGACGAUGCUCAAGAAUCCGGUUUUAAUUGCAGUUGGAAAGCCAAGUAGCCCAAGUUCAGGCCUGAAACACACCGUUUUAUGGGUAGAAGAGAAGUCGAAAAAGAAGCAGCUAUUUUCUCUUCUAUCUGAUCCAACCUACUUCAAGCCUCCUGUUGUUGUGUUUGUGGAUUCGAAGGUUGGAGCUGAUUUGUUGACUGAUGCUCUUUGUACGAAGUGCGGCAUCGCUGCGGUGGCGAUUCACGGUGAUAAGUCGCAAGAGGAACGAAGUGAAGCGUUGAAAUCUGUUCAGGAAUGUCGAUGUGAUGCUAUCGUUGCGACUGGUUUGUUGGGACGAGGACUGGACUUGGUGCAUGUGACACAAGUAAUUCACUUUGACAUGCCGUCUACUAUAGAAGAAUUCAUCCACCAAACAGGCAGAGCUGGUCGACUCGGUUCUCACGGUUCGUCUAUCACCUUCAUCAACAACACCAACAAGAACCUUUUCCUCGACAUCGUCACCACUCUGUGUCCUCUCAGUGCCGUCUUACCAUCACAACUACUCAACUCCCCACAUCUCAUCCAACAGAAAACAAAACAAAAAAGAAAACGAAUUGUCACAGAGGACACACAAGGAGACAGACAUAAGAGUCAGAAGGGUGACGUCGUAACAAGUGAUAAUUUGAUGCAGUUGCUUAGAGACAGCAAAUGGCGUCGUAGACAUAGAAAGUCAAGGAUACUAUAACAUAGUAAGACUACAGAUACUAAUAGAAAUUAAUUAUUUAUAAAUAGAAAUAUUGAUUUA